CUCUAACAAAAACUACAAUUAAUAACAAAUUUUUCUUUCUUUAGAUCCAAUAAAUAUCCAUCAUAAAAUCCUAGCCGUCCAAUCUUUAACCAUAACACAAUCACAACCGUCCAGUACUCCUUAUAUAUUCAAACUUCCCUUCCCCGCCAAAAUAAACUUUCUUUCUUUCUUACAAGCUCUGUUUCAAUGGCUACCGUACCCGAAACCGCUAAAAGGCUCUUUGAACCCGACCCGUACUCGCUUAUCAGCCUUCUAUAUCUCCUCCGUAACGACAAUGAUAAUCUCCGUAAACCUGCAAAGAAUCUCCUGGAUUACACCAUCAAAAACUACCCCAAUUCAUUGGUUCAUAAACUUUCUGAGAUAAUUCAACUUGAAUCUUCGAUUACGCGUGUUCUAUGUUACGAUCUUUUACGCGAUAUUCUACAACCCCUUUGGACUAAACUUACGUUCACUACGCGAAAUGCGGUAAAGAUUUGUUUGAAUUACAAGAUUUGGCUUGAAAAAGAUUAUGGAACACUCAAGGCUUGUUUUUCUUGUGUAUCGCGUUUAGCGUGUUUGAUUUUACCGAAAAAGGAAUGGGAUAUUUUGUUGUACUUUAUGUUGAGGAACUUGGGUUCGAGAUCUUGGAACAGAAAAAUGGCUGCUCUGUUCUUAUGGGAUGCAUUGAUAGCGAACUGUCCUGACGCUUUCAUGUUGUAUGUUGAUCGUUUGAUCGUGUGGUUUAAGGAUGUUAUGAUUGCUGCAUCGGAUGAUCAUCGAUUUGGGGUUUUUGCUUCUAAGGCCUCGGUGAAGUUGAUCAUGUGUUUUGCAACCCCCGCGAGUUACUGUAAGUUUUAUGAUCUUUUCGCGUAUGUGAUGAUGGUUUUGGUUGAGGGAGUUCAUGAUCUUUUCGCGCAUGAGAUAAUGGCUUCGUAUGAGGGAGUUAGCGAGGAGGAGGAGUUAGUUUGUAGUCUUCUUGAGGAUUUGAUUGUUUUAGCUGGUGUAGAGACCGCGUUUUUUGAAGUUAAAAUUGGUGUUGUGAUUGAGUGUAUGGUGAGGAUAGCUGAGGAUAUGAGGUUAAGGGAGAAGUUAAGGCAACUUGCUAUAGAGUUUGUUGUUACUGUUGCUGAAGAUAGGGAGUGUGGAUGUAGGAUGAUGCGGAUGGUUCCGAACGAAGAAGUUACUAAGUUGGUUGGUGUGUUGAUUGUGAUGUUGGCUUAUAUUGAAGAUGACCCUAGUUGGGGAAAUGCAAAUAGUGAUGAUGGAAAUGAAGGGGUGUUGAGUAUGUGUAGUUAUGCUAUGGUGAGUUUGAAUAGGUUGGCUGUGGCAUUAGGGGAAAGUGUAAUUGUGCCUUGUUGCCAUUCUUGCUUGUCUACCUUCUUGGGAAGUCAAGAGUGGAGGGGUCGUCACGCUGCUGUUACUGCAAUCGGCCUGAUAUCAGAAGGUUGCUCGAAGGCAUUGUUACUGGAGAUGGAGAAACUUGUAGAGACUAUAGUGAACCUAAUCCAUGAUGAGCACCCUCGAGUGCGAUGGGCGACAAUACAUGCAAUUGGUCAGCUAUCAAAGUAUAUGAGUCCACAUUUUCAAGAGCAAUAUCAUCAGCAGCUACUUCCAGCUUUGAUACAAGUACUGGAUGAUUUCGACAAUCCUAGGUUGCAGACACAAGCAACCUCAGCACUUCUGUUGUACAGCCACAAUUGCAGUUCAGAUGUCUUGAAACUUUACCUGCACAAGAUAGUGAAUAAGUUAGUCAUGUUUCUACAGAGAGGAAUGCCUAUGACGAAAGAAGCAGCUUUGGCAACUUUAGCCACAUUAGCUAUAUCAUCACAGGAGGACUCUGCAAGCAUAUACAAUUCUGUAACGCCUUUUCUGAAAGUUAUCAUGGUAACCACUAAAAAAGAUACAAGCCACAUGCUCCUUGCCAAAACCUUGGAAUGCAGUACUAUGAUUACAUUGGCUGUUGGAAAUCUAGGAAUUCUUGAUUAUGUUGAAAAGGUCAUUGCAGCGCUCAUUUCACUGCAAGAAACUCAAACGGAGGUAGAAGAUCCAACGAGGAGCCUGUUGUUACAAGCAUGGGGUAGACUAUGCAAGGGCUUGGGGGCGGAUUUCCUUCCUUAUCUGAAUAUUGUCAUGCCCUUUGUGCUAAAAUCUGUUCGGCUAACGAGCGAUUUGGGUGUUUCUAAUAAUAGUUCAGAUACAGAUGAUUCUGAUGAUGAAAGCAAGUUGGGAAUAAGAAGUGCAGUUCUCGAAGAAAAAGCACUGGCUUGUCAUAUGCUAUGCUGCUUUGCAGCCGAGUUGAAGGAAGGACUACAUUUCUGGGUUAAUGAGGUUAUUAGUGUUUUGGUUCCAAUGCUUACCUCUAAAUUCAGCGGAGGAGUGAGAACAGCUGCCAUUUCUGCAAUGCCAUUAUUGUUGCAAUCAGCGGCAUCUGCUAUGAAGAAACGGCUUCCUGUAACAGGUUGUAGCAAGCCCCCACUUCAAAAUAUGUUUGACACCAUAAUCAAGGAUUUGCUUGAGGCGUUAAAGACGGAGUCUAAGAUACAAAUUCAGGCAACACUAUUGGAGGCACUGAACGGAUGCAUUCAGAUUCCCAGCUCACGUCUAAGUGAACAACAAGCGACAGACUUUGUUGAUGGCAUAUUAGAGGUUCUCUCAACUUGCUCAUACUACAAAACAGCAAGAGAGGAAGCUGAGGAACACUUAACUAUAUGUCGAAACGUUGGCAUUUGCCUCGGGACUAUGGUGAUAAAGUAUAAGGCAGAUUUUUUGCCCCUUUUCGACAAGUUUUUGCCUUACGCAUCACUUAUGUGGAGUAACGACAGAACUGCAGAAGAAAGAAGAAUUGUAGUGCACAUUUUUCGUAAUGUCGCUGAGCAGUGCCGAGAAGAAGCAUUCAGAGUGGAUACCUCUACUGCUUAA